UGUAUAGGGCAGACAUAUAAAUGCAAACAAGACAUUCCAGGUGCCACAUUUCUGCAAGGCAGAUGCAAGCUUUGGAUGUUUAAAAUCCUUGAAUAAGAUUCAUAGAUAAGAAACAGGGACCCUACAUCUGUCAACUAUAGGUGCAGUUAAUCAGGUUUAGGAGCCCCUGCAUGUUUGCAUGGGGUAAAAAUUGCAUUUUUGCAUAAACCAGUAGGGAGGUACACAUAUAGUAUUUUGAAGAUACUUGCAUGGGACAGGAGCAUAGGGUCAGCUGAACAUUGUCUUCAGUGUAGCACUGAGAUAAACUGCUUGAAAGAUUCACUAUAUCCGCCUGAAUGGAGCAGGCAGAAAGACAAAUUCAAGCCUGGAUAUAUUCUACAAUCUGACAUGGGAUAGACCAACAGACAUCAGAUGAGGUGGUGUUUCAAGCCUGUUUGGGACAUAAAGAAGCAGGCUCAGAAGCUUCCACGUCCCAGCAUAGAACAGAGAAAUGAAGGCUAAAAAGGAUCCAAGCAAAAACAGAACAUGAACUACUUUCUACCAGUUACCUUCAUUUUGAGUGUCCUGCAGGUCACAGAUUGCCAGAAAAUUACAGAACUCACUGCCUGUCUCAUGAAACCUGGUCCAAAGCUACGGAUAGACUGCCGUUACCAAAACAUCACAAACAACCCAAUGCGAUAUGAAUUCAAAGUAAACCGAGGUGGAGAGCCACAGAUUAUCCUCAGUACCUUUAACGUCAACUUUUUCAGUGAUAAGUACCAAAACAGGGCAAGCACGUACAUCUCCCGUGGCCUAGUUCAGCUGCACCUUGAGCGUUUCAAUGCUUCAGAUGCUGGGUUGUACACCUGCUCUUUGUCUAUCCCUAAUGAUCUAACGAUUAAUCAGACAGCCUCUAUCAAAGUCCUCAAAGAUAAACUGUGGACAUGCGGCGCAGUCAGUGUUCUUAACUUUGGCACUUCUUGGCCCCUUGCCUUGCUCCUUUCACUAAAUCUACUCCGGGCUGCAGGUUUUAUGUCUUUCUAACAUCACGUUGCAACCAGUAUGAACACCCCUGACAUCCCGACUAGGCCACAAGAAAGCAGCCCUGUGCCAAAGCAUGGAGUCCACACAUUCCCCUGUCCCAUGUCAUUUCUUAAACUCUGCCCCUGGAUUUUUUUCAGUAAAAAUAUGGAGAACAGCAUUUCAACAAACAAUGAAGUUCUUGCAAGUCUGCGACUUUCUCAGGAUGAUGGGUUAUUUUCCUAUUUCUGGGUGUCAAACUAACCAACUCAGAAUGUUUAAUUAUGCUCCAUAGAACAAAAAUACCACCUUACAUGUGAUUGUACAUAUAUCCAAUCGACUGUCCUGGGAUAUUUCAUCUAAAAUGCAAAAACCUGGAGCAGAUAAUGCAGGCAAUUGUCAUUUGUAACAUUCAUUUAGACAAUAAUGGGGAAAUACAGAAUUUUAAAUACAAUGUUUGUUUUAUCAACAUUAUUCAGUCAAUUACAGCUAAUACAUAUUUCAUUUUUUAUAAUUCAAUUAGAACUUACUUUUACUUACAAAGAACCAUAUUUUUUAUUCUUUAUCCUUACUAUAUUUGUCCUUUCUUUGUUAUCUUGUAUUUCUUUACUGCACUGAUGCAAUUGGCCCUCUCCCAACCUGUACUGUAUACAAAUAUAUUCUCUAUCCUCCAGUCCUUCCUACCAAACCCCUGCAUACAGUUUCUCUACUUCUUCCUGCUUAUGUCUGCAUUGUACACCCAUACUGUGUACGUCUUCUCUCAUCUAGCCUUCUAAGUCUUCUCUUAUCUAUUCCCAAAUAUAUUGUCCCAUCUGCAGCCAGAAUAAGGCACCCUGAAUAGGCCCCACACCUUAGAUCCAAUUCCACACUCAUUCCAUGUUAUCAUCUCCCAGUAUUGUGUCUACAAUAGAUCUCUCUGCUUCUUGUCCUCUGUUUAUGUUUCUUCCUCACUUUUCACUUUAAAGCAAUCUUCAUGUUGUCCCCAACUCCAACACCUACUCAUAUAUACUUUAUAAAAUACUGUAUGCAAUAUCACAAGUAAUCACAGCUUUGAAGGCAUAUUAUAGUUUAUCAUAUAUCAUCAUAUUGCCACAUUAUCAUAUUAGAUGUGUGUGUGUGUGUGUGUAUAGCAAAAAUGCUCACUGCUCUUGGACAUUCCUUAGGUUUUUUGUGUCAUGCUGAUUGUUGACAAUAUCUUGAUUUAGUUAUUGGUAUUAGACUGUAACAUACUCACUUUCUAAAGCUACUUUUUACUUAUUUUCCCUGUCUGUGUCUAACUGACAUUGAUGUUGUUAAACUACAGGACGAGCAGCACUAAAAUUCUCAUAUAUUUAAAGGUGUAAUGGGGCAGCAGACCCUGUGAUUUCUAGAGGGCUAUGAAGAACUUAGGGUUCAGCGGAGACAUCACUUCUGUGUACUUUCUAAAAAUGUUGGCGGUAAGGGUCUAACUAAAUGUUUUUUUUGGGACCCAGUAAUUUUUUUAUUUACUUGCUAGGUUGUACAUUUAAUACAAAAUAUGAGGUGUGCUGCCUGUUAGGUGUUGCUCAACAGCUGUGAGGUUUAAGCACAGCUUGAAGGCAGCACACCAGAAGAACAGAAGGUAGAAUGGUAAAAAAAAAACAUGGAAAACGACAUAAAAAUUCCUCUCUGAUUUAAACCAUGUUCUUGCUAGUGAUGGGCGAAUUUGCGCCAUUUCGCUUUGCCGGAAAAUUCGCACGAAAUUCGUCAAACAGCAAAAAAUUUGCAAAACAGCGCCGGCGUCUCGUUUUUCAGCAGCAAAUUUUUGCACCCGUUUCGCAAAUUUAUUAGCCAGUGGCGAAUCACGCAAAUUCACACCUGCCGAAUAAAUUCGCCCAUCACUAGUUCUUGCUAAAAAAAAGUAUUUGUCAGGUCAUUUACACUUGUCAGUGACACAACACCACCUUUUUCUAAAAUGUUCUCCUUUAACAUGUUCUUCAUUCCUACUUUCUCUUACUGAUAGUAAGGUGUUGCCUGGUACUCUGAUGUGUGGUUACUUUCAGCAUUUGUCAUAGUCAUCAUUUGUAGCAUUAACAAAAUGUCCUUCAUAUGCACAGUGGAAAUAAACACUUUGUACUAGUGGCUAGGGUUGUGAAUUUGUUUAUUCUAGGGAAGUGUUACAUUUAUCUGAUAUAAUAAGUAAAGUUGUGAGAUGUUUCACUGAAAAACAAUUUGAUUUUUCUUUGAUUAAUGUCAGCUACAAAUAAAUGUGUUGUUUGAGAAGUGA